GAAGACUGAAAGGUGUCUGAAAACAUUUGCAUUAAAACGGCACAAAGCUGUCUGCUCUAACAAUUAAUUUCAUGUUGCAUUCAUCUUAAAAACAUGCUUUUAUUUUUUAAAUAUAAUGAAUAAAUCCACAACCAGGCGAUGGUUGGCAAACAAAUCUACUUACUUCAAGUGUUUCCUUUACUGUUAUCACUGACAAAACAUGUUCUGAUUCUUUCAAAAAGUAAUGACAUUUUAUUCAAAAUCAGCUCUGACACGUUACCGGUUUAUAGAAACUUUCACAUUAAGACUUGAAUAUGACAAUAAAUAACAUAAUAAUGUGUAGACUAUGUGUUUUAUUGCGGCUCAGGUAGUGUAAUGUCAAAGUGCGUAACGAUUCUUACUCGCGCAGUCGGUGAUUUGGGAAGAAAGAGAUUAGUAACAGUGGUAUUUCCUUUUUUCUCUCUCCUCUCUCUCUCUCUUUAGUUGCAUGCUCAAGUCCCAUUCUCUGGUCAAGUUCAGUGCGUUGUUCUCCGGACCGGACGGACGCUUCUUAUUGGUAGGUUGCGACAGUUACAUCACGCCGCUCAUGACGCGCACGUCUUCCUGUUUCCUUCAGCCGCGUCUUAAAGUGAAUCUUAGUGGCGGAGGAGCGCUCCAGCAUCCAGUCCUCUGCAUCCAGUGCGCCUCGGAGACGCACACACACUCAGUCUCUCUCUCUCUCUCUCUCUCUGUCUCUCUUUCUCUUGCACUCUCUCUAUGUCUCUCACUCUUUUAGUCACAGCAGAGGAUAGAGGGAGAGACCGACGCGCAAGAGCUCUUUUCAUCUUCUAUAUUUUUCCUAUUUUGUUCCUUUCACUCGCGUCGCUGACUUUAUUCCAGCUCUCCCUUCUCUGAGAAAUUUCUUAUAUUCCAGCAUCCAGCGAUCCGCCGUGCUCUGCGUUAUAUUGUCUCUUUUUUUGUUGCCGUAGGAGUUCAGGUUGUCCCCCUCUUCAUCUAAAGGGUACACAAAGGUUUUGAUCCUAGAGGACUGGAUUUCUGGGAUAUGGCCCAAUAGCAGCAGCCCGUGAUGCCGGACCAUGACAGCGACUCCCUCCUGAACAGACAGACCAAGCGAAGACGUGUGGACAUUGGUGUUAAGAGGACCGUGGGCAGCACAGCCUCCUCCACAGCAGCAGCCACAACAGCAACCACUGAUAACAUUGCCCGCGCCAAAGCAGCCAUUUUCAGUGCCAUGAACUCUCUGAGCUCCCACUCUCACCACGGAUCAGACACCGACUCCAUGGAGUGCUCUGUAGUGCAGCCACAUGGUGGGCCUGGCGUUGUAUCAGCCAGCGAUAGUGAGUCCAAGUCCAAUGUACUCCGAAAGCUACUGAAGAGGGCCAACUCGUACGAGGACACCAUGAUGCCCUUCCCUGGCACCACCAUUAUCUCCCAGCUUCUCAAGAAUAACAUGGCUAAAAAUGGAGGAGGACCUGAGAGAGGAGAAAGAGGGGACAGGGGUGAUAGAGGGGAUGCUGGCUUCCCCGGAUCAGGGCUUUCAAAUGCAAGUUCAGAUGCUCCCCAGGAAGAUGCCUGCAGUAACUCCUCCCAGGACAGCACCCCUCAAGAAUGCUUGUCGCCCUUUGGUCGUCCUCCUGGUCUUGCUACCUUUGACAUUGAACGUCUCAAUGAUGAACACCUGCGUGCCAAGCGAGCCCGCGUAGAGAACAUUAUACGUGGUAUGAGCCACUCACCCAGUGUGGUGGUACCUGCUGCUUCCCGUCAUGAGCGUGACCAUGAGAUGGAUGGAGAAAGGGAGAUGGAGCUAGACUGUCCACCCCCUCAGUCUCAGCAGCAGGCCCCCAGCAGCCCACGGGGAGGUGAGGUGUGCAGCAGUAGCAGCCGAGAGAACAAGCGUAAGCAGCGUCUGCCUCAGCAGCAACAGCAGAGCUUCACCCAGCUGGUGUGCCAGAGGAAGGAACAGAAGCAGGAGGAGCGACGGCAACUGAAGCUGCAACUGGAGGACAUGCAGAAACAGUUACGCCAGCUGCAGGAGAAGUUCUUUCAGAUCUAUGACUCCACCGACGACUCAGAACACAACGACCUCCAUAAUGACCUCCACAACGACAUAGGAAACAUGUCUGAGGACAGCCCAACCAGGUCUGACACCGGUGCUGAUGACCGGGGUGGAGAUGACAUGCGCUCUGACAAUGAGAUGUCUGACCUGGACCCGGGCCAUUUCCUGGACAGGGCGCGGGCAUUGCUUCAGGAGCAGGCCCUGCUGGCGGACGGAGAGAAGCCAAGAAGAGAGGGGCUCGGCCGGAGCAAAGCACAGGGAGGUCCAGGCUCCUCCAUGCAUGCUGAAGGUAAACAGCUGGCAGAAACACUGAAGCAGGAACUCAAUUCAGCCAUGACCCAGGUAGUGGACACAGUGGUUAAGGUGUUUGCCAAGCCUCCACGCCCUACACCCCAGCAGGCCUUCCCCCCACUUUCCAUACCUCCAGAAAGAUUUCCAACUGUUGUCAAUGGAGACAACCCCAACUUCCACACCACCAACCAGAGGCUGGGGUGCUUCGGAGAUGUCAUCAUUCCCAAUCCACUAGACUCCUUUGCCAGCAUGCCCGGGAUGCCAGGCACCACCAAUGACCAAACCGAGGCGCUGCCCUUAGUUGUGAGGAAGACACCCAGUGAGCACCACCACCAGUCCUCAGCUGUGGGUGCACAUGGUGGGCACCACCACCCCGCCCUUCAUCCCUCUUCACUCUCUGCCUCCAUGGGCUUCAGCCCUCCAUCCUUUAGACACCCCUUUCCACUGCCUCUCAUGGGCUACCCUUUCCAGAGUCCUCUUGGUGCACCCACAGGUGGCUACCCGGGAAAAGACCGUUCCUCACCAGACUCCAUGGACCUGUCUCGGGAGACCACCAGCCUGAGGACCAAGAUGGCAUCAGGUCACCACCUUGGGCAUCAUCGCUCAUGUUCACCAGCGCACCCUGGUAGCACAGCCGAGGGACUCUCCCUGUCCCUCAUCAAGUCCGAGUGUGGUGAUCUCCAGGACAUGGCUGACAUCUCACCCUACUCAGGCAGUAAUAUCCAAGAGGGUCUCUCUCCCAAUCAUCUGAAGAAAGCCAAGCUCAUGUUUUUCUACACCCGCUACCCGAGCUCGAAUAUGCUCAAGAUGUUCUUCUCUGAUGUCAAGUUUAAUCGCUGCAUAACCUCCCAGCUGAUCAAGUGGUUCAGCAACUUCAGGGAGUUCUACUACAUCCAGAUGGAGAAGUUCGCCCGCCAGUCCAUCAACGACGGAGUCACUGGAACCGAGGAGCUGAGCGUCAGCCGCGACUGCGAGCUCUUCCGAGCCCUCAACAUGCACUACAACAAGGCCAAUGACUUCGAGGUUCCUGAUCGCUUCCUGGAGGUGGCCGAGAUCACACUGAGGGAGUUUUUCAAUGCCAUCGUGGCUGGAAAAGACGUGGACCCGUCCUGGAAGAAGGCCAUCUACAAGGUCAUCUGCAAACUGGACAGCGAGGUCCCCGAGGUCUUCAAGUCCCCCAACUGUCUCCAAGAGCUUCUACACGAGUAAAUUUCUCCUCCUCCUCCUCCUCGCUCGACGCUUUGCGCUUUUUUUUAUUUUUUAUUUUCUCUGAAUUCAUAGAAUUUCAAAAUGAUAUUCUCUUUUGUUUUCUUUCAUUUUCCCCAACUUUACUUUUGAUUUCCUGUUUUUCUUUUUUUUCUUUUUGAAUGUAUGAAAGUUAUGAAGUAGCAUUCCCAAUCUGAAGCCUCUGUGGCAGUUCCUAAAUGACCUAGCUAUUGUGUUGUUGUUCUUAUAUGAUAAUUAUCAUGAUGGUUAUUAUUUGUUUUGUUUUUCUAUGAUUCUGAACUGAAGAGACUCUAAUCUUACUGGGUGUUUUUUGGACCGUGUGAACCCUCAUCCAUUUUUCGGCCUGUUUUAUGAUCAACAUUAACUAAGUCCUCAGUGUGUGGAAGGAAUUCCCAUUUUACACAACUAAGAACGUAGGCCGGGUUCCCUAAAGACUUUAUUCACGACACCCAGGGGUGUCCCUCCAAUCCAGUGGGUGUCCAAAUGAACUGUCCCCACGAGGCGGGUGCCCAAUAGACUGUGCUACUGAAGAUGUCCCCUACAGGACACUCACACAUACACACACACACAUGUACACACACACAAACAAACAAACAAGGCCUAGUGAGGUUAAUGACAGGAGUAAGACUGGACUCAUUGUACUGGUCUAUACUAGUCUGUGGGACUUGGACUGGUUUCAAAUAGCUACUGAGCUCUACCAUGUUUUGAAGUGUGUUUUCCCUGCAAAUUGGGCAUUGUGUUUAUUGGCUGUACAUUAUUAUUUUGAUUAUUAUUAUUAUUGUUGUUGUUUAUGAUUAUUAUUAUUUGUCAUCACUGCUUGCUGAAGAUUGGCACUUCGAGAUUUGUUUGUCCCUUGAUGCCGAUGCAGAAAAAAAAAUAAAUUAUUGCUAUUAAUAUUAUUCCACAAGAGUUUAGAUUCUGAAAUAUUUUACCCCCACUCCCAUCCCUCUCCUUACUUAUGUUUUUGUUUGUCCAUCUCUGAAGUGGACUUUGGUUUUGUUUAUUUCGUUUGGGGGUGGGGAGGGGGGUCUUCGGGGUCGGGAGGUUUUAAUGGAGGGCCAUCAGAGUGGGGCUUCUCUAUAUGUCUGUAGUGACUAGUCUAUUCUCCACAGGACCAGUCUGGCAACAAUGCUGGAAAAGGGGUUUAGGCUGCAGAAACACAUGAAGUAAACGGUGCAUACGUAUAGAAAUAUGCAGAAGAAGUGUGGCCUUUUGGUGCGUGACUUGCUGUUUUUAAAACGGCUACAUUUCCAUAGCCACUCCAGCUUUGAUAACUGCUCCCACUAAACGAGCCAUUUGUUCAGCUAUCAAAUAAAUCUUAUUCAUCUAAUUAUCUCUUCACGAUUGGUAAAUAUACGCAAUAAUAACUGCAUAGUUUUAUGUCUUUUUAUAGCAGUGUUCACUGAAUAGCUCAUGUGUGAGAUGAAGUUGGCCUGUUUAUAUGACAGGCUUUUAUUGUGAUUAGCCUAUACAAGGUGUAAAUUACAUUAUGAAGUUAUUUCAAUAGCAGUUGAUACUUGAAUAUAUCAGAAUACUGUGGCAAUCUAAAGUACAGUGUCGCUGAAACAAUAGAUAAUUGAAUACAUAUGAAUAGAAGCAUCACAGAGAGGAAGAUAAUUCAAGGAGGGCAAGGAGAGAGGUGAAUAUAAGCUGAAACACAAGCGUUCAUUAAUUCUGCUUCAAGUGGAACUUCCCCCACAAACAACACGUAUACAAGCGCGCACGCACACACACACACACACACACACACACACACACACACACACGCACACACGCACACACACCGCUCCUUCCCUCCAUGUUCACCUGCCUUUGAGUGAUCUAGCUCCUCUCUCACUGCAACAAUACGAGGUCAGAGGUGAGCACUCACCCCAGGGGUAGACGGAGAAGCUCUCAUCACUACAAAGAGCGGGGACAAAGGCACAGAGCGAAGAGCGACACGCACCUGAAACCCUCUACUCUGUCCCUCCGUCCCAAACUGGCAGCUUUUAAAGACCCAAAGUGAGAUUCUGUUGAAGCCACUGUGCCCGGUUUGUUAAAUGCCAUUCCUUUCACUUUUACCUGAGAUACCAAUCCCAGAUUUUCCACUUGAGUUGUACAUGUAUAUCUAGCGGUUUAUUAAUUUUAUCCGCCCUCUCAGGCUUUUAAAGAAUUUUAAAGAAGUGGUUAGGUGUUAGCUACCCUUUUUUUGAGGAGGUAAGUUUGAAGCAAUGAGAGGACUUGAAUGCCUUCUCGAGUGCGUGCGAGCUAGCUGUUGAUCUCACCUUGGCGACAUUGGCUUAUAGUGUGUGUGUGUGUGUGUGUGUGUGUCACAAAAGAUCAAAAGGGGCAGGUUGCUUAACCUGCUGACUUGUCUAAGCGAGACAAAGCACCUGACAAAAGGAGGCAGAGAAAGACGGAGAGCUACUCCCUUCAUUAUGUCCCCCCCACCCCACCCUCCACCCUUCUCCCCGGACAGUGUUCUUCUUAAGAUCCGGAGUCCUGAGAGAGCGACUCGCACAUAUUUCUCACUGAAGGAUGGGCUAGGCCCUGCAUGUCUCAGAGUCUCAAAGCACUAGCUAAGGGCUCUAAAGCGCCACAAACAAAGGAGAAAGGAAAGGACACUUUUAUCUGAUGCACAGAUUAUUAUCGCUCUCCACCCACCCCCUUCCUGCAACCCCGCCCUAAAGUUAAAGAGUUCCUGCGCCUAAAAAGAUUAAUUCAGGAUAAUGAAGACUUAUGUACAAAAAAAAAAAAAAAAAAAAAGAAUUAGCAAGACCUUAAUACAGCGUUGAGAAUAUUUUUGUCAAGUUUUCCUAUUCUGGGGUUAUUUGAUUGUAAGGAUAACAUUAUUGAAAUACAUACAGUAUAUAGCCUUUUUUAAGAGUUGUAAAGGAUAAAUCUAUGGGAAAAAAUAUAUACAGUAGUGGAAGAUCUUUGGAAGGCACUGUUAGGAAAUGUUUCAUAAAAGAAAGCUUGAGGGUAUUUUUAGUGACGGCUUUGUUUAAAUCUGUAUUCUGAAUAAGUGAGUUGUUGGUAGAUUAGGAGCAAUAGUUGUAGUUUUUUUUUGCAGGUUUUGUGACCACUUUUUUCCUUUUUGGUUUCUUUUACUUUUUGUAUUGUGCUGAAUGGCUGUCUUCUUGAGAUCAGAAAAAUAAACUUGGAAUAUGUUUUCAGAGUAAUGAAAUAUUGUUGUUGCUACUGUAAAUACGGUCAGGAUGAAACAAAGAAUAGCUGUACAGUUUUUUCUAUCAUCACAGAGUGCUAGAGAGGGGCGAGAGUGGUUAAAAAAAGAAGGAUGAAAUAAAAAAAGAGGGAUGACCCGCUCCCUCCAACUGGACUUGUUACCACUCUUCCAAAAAAAAAAAAAAAAAAAAAACAGAGGAGAGAUUUUUGUUGUUUUUUUUUGUUGUUUUUUUCCCUGCCAUGCCUUUAACGGGGGUCUGUUUCCCGUCGGCAGUGCCCUUGAAGUUGCACCAGCAUCCGUUUCUUUAAUUUUUGCUGACAGAACGAUGCGUUAGGCUAACGUUCGGGUAAAGAUGAUGUCACAGAGUGGCCCGUUGGCAGUCUUUAGACCUGGUCUCGUCCCAAAAAAACAAGGGCAGACUCCCGCCGACGUAGCUCCAGAUAUGACCCGGGAGAGAGAGACAGGAACUCAUUGUCAUCAGAGGAGUAGUGUCAUGGAGGGGGCACAUGUUGUACAGUAACAGUUUAAAAAGAGACUGCAGACAGUUUAAAAAAAAAAAAAAAAAAAAAGCGAUUUAUACCCUUUUUUUACCGGGUUCAAACAGUUGGAAAAAGUUUGGACUCUGUGGAGUUUCUGUAGGCUUUGCAUUGUGUGUGUGUGUGUGUGUGUGUGAAUGUAUAUGAGUAUGUCUGUGUGAGAGAAAAGACCGAUUAUGAGAACCUGUGAACCAGUGAGUGACACAAUUCUCAACACUGUGGCCCCUCCCCCACCCCUGGGAGUACCAUCCUGACAUGUAAAUGAUUCUCAUUAAGCGUUGGCAACGUGUGUUUGGUGUGUGUGUGUGUGUGUGUGUGUGUGUGUGUGUUGCGAUAAUUUCCUCUGAUCUGUUUUCUGACCUGUUUGAAAGGGGUUUUUGUUUCUCAAUGCUUUCGGUAGUAAUUCUUUUUUUUUUUUUUUCUUUUUUUUAAAAAUAUUAUUACAUUGCUCCUCUUUUUUUGUAAAUAUCAAUGAUGUGGACUUACAGUGAUAAAUACUGCCUUUGUGUAACUUAGCAAUAUGUUAUGUAAAUAGUGUUUUGUUGAUGCUUUUUGUAUGACAUUAUUAUUCGAUUCUAGUGCAGUAAUUCCAACUGGAACAGCCAUGUUUCAAAUACAGUCUGAAUAGUUACACACAGGUUGUAAAAUAAAACUCGUGACAUGGCUGCUUUUUUUUCUGUUAUUGGUGUCUAUUUGUCUUGCAGAUUUUGUGUAAUUUAUUGGUUUAAUUUAUCCUAAUUUAUUUGAUGUUAUUUUCUUUUGUUUUUCAAACAGGGAAGGCUGUACUGCAUUUCAUUGAGUAGAACCCACUUAAAAGAUUUUAAUCGUUAUCUAUCCAAAAAUCGAAUUUUAAAAAUUUGUAUUCUAGCGUGAUCAUUCAAUUGAGAGAAAUGAUAAAAAUGGAGACCUUGGCAGCUAAAUGGAACUGGACAGUUUAAAAAUACAAACAAAGGUUGUUAUGUUUUCUUGUUCCAGGACAGGGCCAAGGAUUGCCUAGAAAGCUGAAACUAGGUUGGAAGCAGUUUUGUAUUUUCUCUUGAGAUUAUUUCCCCUGUAUUGCUUUGGCCCAGCCCAAAAACAACCAGUAGUCAAAUUGCCUUUCGUGCCUUCACCCUCUAUGAACUGAAUGUAUGUGCAGUAUAUAUGCAAGCUUGUGCAAAAUGAAUAAAAAAUGGAAAUAAAAAUGAAAAAGAGAGUAGAAAAUGUCUGUUGUUUUAUUUAUAUCACCUCCGUGUGUGUGUGUGUGUGUGUGUGUGUGUGUGUGUGUGUGUGUGUGAUGGGUAGGAGAAAGCGAUUUAGUUAUAAAAAGAUAUCCUCCUGAGACCCAGAGGAAAAAUAAGUUUUGCUUUUUGGAUAUUUUUAUGAUAAUUUAAGUAUUGUAGUUGAAAGAAACGUAUUGCAGCUAUUUUUUUUUUCCAAAAACAUUAUUUUUUAUGGACUGUCCCUUGUAGUGGACAUUGGGGUUUUUUUUAUACAGAAUGUAAUGAUGUAAUGUUAUAAUACUAAAUUCAUUUUCGUGUGGAUUUCUUUUUUAGAAUACACUUCUGAAUGCUCUGGCUAUUUUAUAUUAUAUUCUGUGGAUAUCAUUUUACAUGAGGGAGGAAAUCAGCACAUUUCUGUCUGACCUUUACUAACGCAAUUUGUCAAUGUUCUGAAAAGAUGAAAGAUUUAAAGAUGCCAGCUAGCAAUCAGGGCUACAAUGUAAUCCUAAAGGACAGAACAUGUUGUCUUUUAACAAAAUUAAUUCAAAUUCUGACAUUCAAACUCUUCAAACUACCAAACAGGGUUAGUUAAACAUGGCGCCAAAAUAAACACAUAUUUACUGGUAUAUCCUUACUGGUACUUCCCACAGUAAACAUUGGAACAAGAAUUUAAACUCAUCUCAUCUUCAGGCUGCUCUAAAUCUGAAUCUCCCUCCACAAUUCUCUCUUUUUCUUAGCCUUCUGCUCCCUGAUGUAUUAAAAUGGGGGUUAGUAAGUCCUGAUGUCCACUACAAAGGACAUUACAUAAAAGUUGUGUUUUGAAAGGGUUAAAAUUACUGUGCCUUUCUAAAAAUUUUACUAAAUUGAAGUAAAGACUUUGAUAUUUAAGAAAAAACUUGAUUUUUAACAAUAGAAACAUGAUAACUGCAAAAAAUUGUUGACUUAUCUCUCUUGUUGUUGUAAAACAUGGAUGUUAAAAUGUAUGCUAUUUUGAAAAGACAGUGUAUGUGCCAUGUUGGCCACACCCCCACAACCGGGGCAUCAAAAGAGAGCCCAGGAUGUCCUCAGAUAGAUUCUAUAAGUUAUGCUUGACUUAGAGAUAUCAGACCCAUGUCUAUUGCUGGGUCUUAUCUCGGGUAUCUCCCAUCUUGUUUAUGAACUUUUUUAUUUACCAGUACACUACAUAAUCACUGACUACAAUGUAUGUAUUUACUGUAUAGUGCUGUGUGAAUGGAUCAGUGCUGCUUUGCCCUCUGAGUGAUUCAAUGCACUAAUGAGGGCUUUGGCAGCAAAGCACCAACCUCUCAGCCUGUCUCCACAGACGACUGCAGAUGCCGCCUCAUCGGGCUAAAUGCAACAAUCGCCAUACCCUGGGACACAAACGUACGUGAACCCCAUCCACUUACAAACAAAAAGCUAAAAAAAAAUAAACAGACUAAA